UGACGUUUGCGUGUACGCGGGUGAAGACUACUGCUCUCAGUACAACAUGACCAUGGGCGAGUAUUCGUUGUCGCUGUACGACGUGCCGUCGGAUAGGGCGUGGGUCUGGGCCGGAGUGGCGUUUCUGAUGUUCGCGUACGUCUUCUUCAUGGGUCUCGGGAGCUACGUGCUUGAGAACAAACGCUACGACGCUGCUGUCGCGGCCGUGGCAGUGGUUACAAGCAUCGUCGAAAACGCCAAGGUGGAUGAAGAGAAGCAGAACGAUAGUGCAGUGAGCUAUGCGCUGGCCUCGACUCCUAGAGCUGCAUCCAACGCAUUCUCGUCAGACGAAUGCUCAGGCGGAGUCGUCGUCCUGGACUUCCACGAGGAGCACGACAAAAUGUUCGUCCCCGUCACCUUGGCGUUCAAAGAUUUAUGGUACUCGGUCCCCAAUCCGAGCAACAAAGAUGAAUCGAUUGACCUGCUCAAGGGCAUCAGCGGAUACGCUCUCCCUGGUACCAUGACGGCGCUCAUGGGGUCGUCGGGUGCUGGUAAAACAACCUUGAUGGACGUGAUCGCUGGCCGCAAGACUGGAGGCACCAUCCAGGGCGAAAUUCUUCUCAACGGAUACCCCGCGACUGAGCUGGCCAUUCGACGAUGCACAGGAUACUGCGAGCAGCAGGACAUCCACUCGGAGGGGGCCACCAUCCGAGAGGCGCUCACGUUCAGCGCCUUCUUGCGCCAGGACAGUAGUGUAUCGGAGCGUGCCAAGUUGACGACCGUGGAGGAGUGUCUGGACUUGCUGGAUCUGCGCCCCAUUGCCGACCAGAUCAUCCGCGGUCGAUCGCAGGAACAAAUGAAGCGACUCACCAUCGGCGUCGAACUCGCGGCGCAACCGAGCGUGCUGUUCCUGGACGAACCCACCAGCGGCCUGGACGCUCACUCGGCCAAGGUGAUCAUGGACGGCGUGCGGAAGGUGGCGGACAGCGGCCGCACCGUUGUGUGCACGAUCCACCAGCCUUCGUCCGACGUCUUCUUCCUGUUCAACAGCCUGUUGCUGCUGAAGCGCGGCGGCGAGACGGUGUUCUUCGGUGAGCUGGACAACGCGCAGCCCGACGACCGCGAGUGCGGCCACCUGAUCGACUACUUCGAGGCGAUCCCGGAGGUGGCGCGUUUGCCCGAGGGCCAGAACCCGGCGACGUGGAUGUUGGAGUGUAUCGGUGCUGGUGUCGCAGCUGCUACUGAACGCUCGACUUUGAAUCCUUCAGCGAGCGUUGACUUCGUUCAACACUUCCGUGUGAGCCCUGAGCAGCAGGCUUUACUUGGUGGCCUGGGCCAACCUGGUGUCGCUAUCCCUGUACCCGGCCAACAUGGAGAACUCAAGUUUAGCAAGAAGCGAGCCGCUACUGCCGCCACACAGUUGCGUGUAUUGGUCGGUCGGUUCCUGACCAUGUACUGGCGCACGCCGUCGUACAACUUGACCCGCUUCAUCGUCGCUGUUGGACUGGGGUCCGUGUUUGGCUUAGUCUUGGUGAACGGGGAGUACACGACGUACCAAGGUCUCAACGCUGCGGUGGGCGUCAUCUUCAUGACCACGCAGUACAAUGGUAUCGCUGCCUAUGUUGGAACGCUACCGUUCACGGGCCAUGAACGUGAAUCGUAUUUCAGAGAGCGCGCGUCGCAGACGUACGCAGCGCUCUGGUUCUUCGUUGGCGCCACCGUGGCGGAAAUCCCGUACGUCUUCUUCAGCGGCUUCCUCUUCACGAUCAUCUUCUGCCCGCUGAUAGGUUUCACGUCGUUCGUCACCGGGGUGCUCUACUGGAUCAACCUGUCGCUCUUCGUGCUCAUGCAGACGUACCUCGGCCAGCUGCUCGUGUACGCCUUACCAAGCGUGGAGGUCGCGGUGAUUGUCGGCGUCCUCGUCAACGCGACGUUCCUGUUGUUCUCCGGGUUCAAUCCACCGGCCGGAUCCAUCCCGGCAGGCUACCGGUGGCUCUACCACUGCACGCCGCACCGCUACUCGCUGUCUGUGCUGGUGUCGAUCCUGUACGGCGACUGCCCAGUGGAGCCCACGUACGACGAGGCCACGCAGUCGUUCAUUAAUGUCGGCCCGCAGCUCGGAUGCCAGCCGCUGGAGGGAACGCCUAUGUCCAUCGGCCACACCACCGUCAAGGGCUACGUGGAGGAGGUCUUCAACAUGAAGCACGACGAGAUCUGGGCGAACUUCGGCUGCGUCUUCGUGUUCCUGGCCGUCUUCCGCGUGCUGUCGCUGCUGGCGAUCCGAUACGUCAACCACCAGAAGAGGUGAGGUGGCACCCACCGCAUGAAUCCAAUAUAUAUAAAUACAUUUUGGCAGUCUUUCAAUACUACGAACGAAAGGGAAGUGUUGAAGUUUUGAAGUUUUUACGAAAGCACAGCAACAACCACAGGGCCCACGCAAUGAAAGAAACAAAGUCAAUUGAUACGUAGUGAGCAGUGCCCAAGUCGUCUAGGCCGAGGCAGGGGUUCAUACCAGCUCGAGUUUAGCUGGUAUCGGGUAUCUCGGCCUUCUGACGAAGCUGAUAUCAGCGAUACUGAUACUAAUAUCAAUAUCAUAUCAAUAUAUUGAUACAUAUAUUGAUAAAAAUGGUACAUGUACCUGCAGUAAUUUGGCUGAUGUCGCCGUCUCCUAUUCUUUUGCAGCACUUCCUUGUACUCGGACCAAUUAGCCUUCAUCAAGCACAUCGUCUCCGCCCGGUCGUUAUCAAGCUGGGUUCGCAACUCGUUCUCCACAUAGCCACUAACACUGACACAUCGCUCUUGGCACACGGUAGAUAGGGGUUUGGCGAGACAGAUUCUCAAGCUUAUUUUCAACCGAAAAGGGAUGAUCCUUGUGAGCUCUAAGCAUGUGCUUCCUGGGGUUAGCAGUCGUCUGUUGCCGCAUUAAGACCAGAAGAGGUCGGGUCCUUGCUUUUUUGUGUGCUGCGCACACGAGACAGAUGUGGGUGAACGAGCUGCUUUUCUUCUUUGUGUCAGGAAUCGGAGUAACAAGUAUUCGCUUUCGUUUUAAGUUGAGGUACAUUACAG